ACCAGGUCACCCUCCAUCUCCGCUCACAACACCAGUAACAUUCAUCCCCCUUUUCCUUCCCGUUCCCGGCUCCCCGUCGGCCGUCGCUCUCCGACUCCGCUCCCUCGCCCCUUUCUCUUUCCAAUGUCACAUCUCGAUCCACCCCGUCGCGGCCCCAGAUCUGUCUCUGCUUUAGCGCACCUCGCGCCCCUGUGCGCGUCCACUCAUCGCGAUCGCCUGCUCGAUCGAUAGUUCAAGCUGCUAGCCUGCUACAUGAGACGAGACACGAGAGAGAAGACUAGCUCUCGCAGUUGCGCUUCUUGCUUCCUUCCUUCUUGCUCACUCUCAGUCUCUCGUUCGCUCAUCAGCUCUUUCCCACCUGCAUGGAUCCCUCCGGGCCUGGCCCGUCGUCAGUCAUAGGGGCAGCUGGAGGCGAUGAGGCAGCGGCCGUGGCGCUGCAGCGGCCGGCGCAGCUGAGUAGAUACGAGUCGCAGAAGCGGAGAGACUGGAACACGUUCCUGCAGUACCUGCGGAACCACCGGCCGCCGCUGACGCUGGCGCGGUGCAGCGGCGCGCACGUGAUCGAGUUCCUCAGGUACCUGGACCAGUUCGGCAAGACCAAGGUGCACGCAGCCGGGUGCGCCUACUACGGCCAGCGCGCGCCGCCGGGGCCCUGCCCGUGCCCGCUGCGCCAGGCGUGGGGGUCGCUCGACGCGCUCAUCGGCCGCCUGCGCGCGGCGUACGAGGAGAGCGGCAGGACGCCCGAGUCCAACCCCUUGGCGGCGCGCGCCGUGCGGAUCUACCUCCGCGAAGUGCGCGACUCCCAGGCCAAGGCGCGCGGUAUCCCCUACGAAAAGAAGACGAAGCGCAAGCGCGCGCAGCAGCAGGCCACGGAGCCUUCGACGAGCUCGUCUGAUGCUGCCGCCGGGAGUGGCAGGGCUAGAGCAGCAGCUGCUGCGGCGUCCGCUGCUCAGGCUGGAGGGAGUAGCGCUGCACCGAGCUCCACUUGAGAGUACAGUAGACCUGCAGAUCUUUGUUUAAUUAUAUUACCAUGUUCGCGUGUAUCGUAAGAUUAAUUUGGGCUUUGAUUCUAGUUUUGCUCCACAUAUGCUUCUUGCUUCUUUCUUCUCUCGGCAGUUUCAUUCUCUUUGUAGCUUGUUUUUGGAUCUUUUUUUCUUUCCGAUUUAUUAGAUAGGUCAGUAUAUAUAUGGCUAGAAUUUGUAGUAGGCUAAGGAUCGGAGGUGGAAUGGGCUGAUUUAAUUAAUCAGUGCAACUAUGUGUUCAUGAUCUGAUACGUAUACGUAUAUAUCCUAAUAAGCAAAACAAGGGCGAUUUGAGGCCA